UUCGAAUUUUGCAGAGCAUUUUGUAAUAUUCUCGUUUUUCUACUCUGCAAUGUCUCAUUUCAUAAUAACAUUACCUUUUAUUGUCAUUUAUUUUGUGGCGGUUGCCCAGGUUGGGUGUCGUUGCAUCUGUGACCCAAUUGAUAUUCUGUGCCUGGAGAAUUGCGUGAGGGACGCCCAUGACUGUAUUAUUGACUGUACAAAUAAUGAUUGCUUUACCAAUUGCAUUAACGCGCAUUGGCCUGGAGCUACUUUUGAAGAAGCCAUUGAGAAAGAACAACAGCCGAAUAUAACCAUUAACGCGGAUAGCUCUAUUCAAACAUAUGAACCAACUAUUUCUAGCCAAGACUUUAGUUUAUUCAAUACCACAAUGGACUCAGAAAGCGCAGGUACUGUUUUUGCACCAACACUAUCUGUUUCAAGCACUGUCUUUGAAUCCAUUGUGACAACUCAUACAACAGUUAUUAGAUUAACAACCGUUACUCCGACACUUAACACGAUGUCUUCAAGCUCGUUCUUAGAGACAGGUACUCCUUCAUCUUCUUCAGCAAGCUUCAGGGAUAUGUUUGAUCCUUCUGUUUUGCUUGUUACAGUUUCUUUAUUAAUAUUUACAAUUUACAUCUUAGCUUAAACAGACAUAAAUGUAUUAUGAAUAAACCGUAUAGCUUUUAAAAA